AGCUGUCAAGCCACCAACAUCCACUCUCCUCCUCUGUGCAUUCCACCUCCCGAACUACCUGCACACCAACCUGUCGACCAGUCCAGGAUCGCCUGCACGCCAAUUAUUCCCCGCUUCGCAAGAGUCUUACGGCUUUUUUUUGUUGUGAAGCUCGCAGACGUCGCCCAACAUGUCCUCGGCCGAUCCAUUCGACUCGGCCCUCGACCUCCUCCGCCGCCUCAACCCCAAGUACACCCAGCGCAACCUCGACUACAUUAUCCGCCUCGCCCCAGACCUGACCGAGGACCUGCUGUCCUCCGUCGACCAGCCCCUCGUCGUCAAGCGCUGCAAGCAAUCUGGCCGCGACUACCUGCUCUGUGACUACAACCGCGAUGGCGAUUCGUACCGCUCACCGUGGUCCAACCAGUUCGACCCGCCGCUGGACGAGGCCGGACCAGGCGGUGUAGGAGCCGGUGGCAACGACGGCGCCGGCGAGGGUGCCGUCCCGGGCGAGCGUGUGAGAAAGAUGGAGGUCAAGGCGAACGAGGCCUUCGACAUCUACCGUGAAUUGUACUAUGAGGGGGGCGUCUCUAGCGUCUACCUGUGGAAUCUGGACGAUGGGUUUGCCGGCGUGGUGCUGUUGAAGAAGUCCUCCCCGUCUGGCGGCAGCAGCAGCGGUGUCUGGGACUCGAUCCAUGUCUUUGAGGCUUCCGAGCGAGGCCGCACAACACACUACCGCAUGACCUCAACGGUGAUGCUCAGCCUGGCAGCCAACGGCAACGUCACCCUCGGCGAGAUGGACCUGAGCGGCAACAUGACGCGGCAGGUCGAGCAGGAGCUGCCCGUGGACACGGACGAGAGCCACAUCGCCAACAUCGGCCGCCUCGUCGAGGACAUGGAGCUCAAGAUGCGCAACCUGCUGCAGGAGGUGUACUUCGGCAAGGCCAAGGACGUGGUGGGCGACCUUAGGUCGGCCGGGAGCCUCAGCGAGGGCCAAAAGGACAGGGACGCGCAGAUGGAGAUCAUCGGCAGCAUGCGCCGGUGAGGCAACCACUGCGCCAUGUUUUUUUCCGUAAUUGCAGAGGCCAGCCGCGCGACGUGAUGGGGCGGACGGGCCAGAGGCAGGCUCAUGACACACGCGGGUCUUGAUUGCAGGAGUUGACGCCUAUCCCUGCUGGGCAUGGAGGAUAUGGCACAUGCGUCAUGCUCUUAUUACGCGGAGAUGAACGAUAGAUCAUGAGACGGCGUCUUUGUGCAACGUGUUGUUUCGAGAAGUACAGUUCCCUCCCCCCUAUCUGCCCUCGCGCUCCCAUUGCGCACUGCGUCCAGGUAGCAAUAAGGUUAUGUCCUUCGCGGGUUUGUGUCCGACGGCUGUUUUGGACGCCGGACCUCGGCCAACAAAACAUGCAGCAGCAGCAGCAGGGUGACAUGGAAGGGAAGUCAGGGGUGGUUUGACUCUUUGGAAUCUGCAGCUUCGCCGGUGGCGGAAUGACUUGCAUACACAGAAUACCUACCCACAGAGAACACACAUGCGUACUGUCCUUCAUACUCGGCACAGUCGCUCACUAGAGCCGGUGGUCGUUGCGGAUGUGCCUGUUUAGGAAACCCCAACCACCAACCCCAAAUCCCUGCUGUCAGAUGUACUCCCUUUUAGACUUUUUCUCUUUCGCACUUGACAUGCAAUGCGCAUCGGCCGAGCUUGGCGGGCGGGCACUUCAAAGGAAUAUGAUGUCCGCACGUAGAUCUAGGCUCGGCUCCGGCCGCUGACAUUGCACACGCCCGCAGUCUGGACAAGACCCUUGGCCCGUUUUAUCCUCCAUCCCCCUCCCCCCAUCAAGCAUUGCGUUCACCGGCUCAGUUUCCCGAGGAGCCGGGACUGUGCUUCCUUCACGCCUAAGGGUGGGAAGGGGGAAGGGGAUAUCCUACAGAGGUAGUUUACGCGGCCCAUUGUCACCACCUACGGGGAAUGGGUGAUGCUAUGUUUCUCCCGACUGUGUUGCCGGUCGUCCUUUUACGUUCGCGAUAAUUGUCGCUUGUCGGCCCCUGCAAUCCCUGACGGCGGUGAGGUCAGACCGAGGCUUCUGGCAUCUGACCGAGGCCAGCAUCAUGUCUGAAUACAUUCGGCAAUAAGGCUACUCAUAGCCGAGUCGGUGUCUUGUUUGUUCAGUCCAGGUAGGGCCCGACGGGAAACACUCGUUCCGGAGUGCCAUGACUGCUACUGCUGUAAGGGAAAAGAAAGGCGAAAAUUCCCCAAGGAGGAGGGAGAGGCAGGCUAUGCGUAUGCACCAAGGAUUCGUCCGUACAUUGCGAGGGGUCAAAGUGACCAAACUGUCCCAUCGCGUCUCCGAAGCCCGGCGACGAGACCAGCCUACUGCAGGCCUGCAGACAAUCUUGCGCACGCGCGUGGUGUUCAAAGCCUCCCAAAAGGGUGUGACGAGUCUUCCGUUAUGGCUUUCUGUUUGUUUGUUUGUUUGUUGGUCUGUGUCCUCGCAUGUGCAUGGUAAGUGUAAGUGUGCGUGUGUCAUCCCCAGCCGCGGAGAUACCAGCAGGGGCCCCUGAGAGGCUCGGUGUGGGAGUUAAAAAAAAAAGAGACUUUGCGCUUCUGCACGAUGAACGAUCUACUGACACAGGCUCAUCCCAACGCUUUGGUUCGGGGCCCGUCUCGCGCCCAACAGCAAGCGCAGAACACGGGGCACCCAGCCGCGCAGGGCUGUCUAGGUGUCUCUGAUUCACGAGCCUCCUCUUAUCCUCCCCUUUCUCGCCAAACAGCCGAUAUCGUCUGGGAUGACGACGGCCAAAAGGCUAAUUGGGGUUCCCGGCGCGGUGGGAAGCCCGGGGGACGAGACGGGGGGCCGUCCCGCGGCACUCUCAGGCAUUCAGAGCUCACAUCUUCGGCCAGACCGUCCCCAGUGAAUACCUAGCCUCCUGUGGCCGCUGGCCCGACCUCAUGCUCCAGCAUGGGUGGCAGGCGGUGAUCAAGCGGCCUGCGAUGCGGCCAUCUUGCUGGAAGUGCAGUAAUUGUCUGGAUGUUACUGGUGCGGCAGGUUGAAUGUUCGCAGGGCCUUAUCAACAGGGGAUAUUAGAAGCCAAUGGAGCCUGUACACGUCGUCAACUGCCAGAUAUCGUGCGCCAGCCUCGUGGUGGGGAGGAAGGGGACGGAGGGGCUGCAAAGAUUUCAGCCGGAGGACCGUGUUUGACAAGACAGGAAGGAGGACGGGAGCGAGAGAGGAAAUUUGCUGGUUCUCCCAGAGCCGAGAGGUCUUGGACUGCCGUGCACUGAGGGAAGGGGUGCCAUCCAGGCUAGUGUAGUCGGAGUCCGGGGCCCCCAUUUCUCUGUUCUGGAGUUUGAUGGAGGCUUCUACUGCAGAGUUUCUGCAGGGGAAAUUGGACGACAGACAGCUCCUGCAGCGAGAAAUUUGCACCAGUGUCUGGUGACCCCAUCUGGGAUGGCCCAGUCGCCCGCCGUGUGGCUAUGCUAGGCCUCAUUCAUACUCUAGAGUUUCGGUGACGCUCGAUCAGCAGGCGAUCGUGUUCCGUCUGCAAGAUGAGAAAGGGGUGGCGCCUGAGGAACCAGAACCCUUUGGCGACGGAAUCUCACCACCAUGUCUCGUGGUCCGGGUGGCCGUGGUGCUACGGCGUGCGCGAAGAGAACCCCGGCCAGCCAGCUGCGGCGCGGAGGAUCAGGCGUGGGUGACAUGAGUUGCUCGUUGACCAACAAAGUCCUCGCUUGUCACCGACAUGGUGCCGUCAGUCUCGCGAAUCUCGGUGGACGGGGCGGAGUGACGUUGGCAGGAUUGCAAAAAUGUCCGCAGAGGAGUUCCCUGACAUCGGGCUUUCCGCUUCGGGCAAUCUGAUCGAAGACUUCUAGAAGGGCGAGCUGUCGAAAAAAAAUGUGACAGGCAGACGAAGCUUGGAAAC